AUGGAGUCGAUCUCACCCGUAUUCUCGUCGGGCACGGAGCAGCGGUACUCUCCACCAUGGGAGGAUUUGAGUAUUAUCGGUAUCGCUGGUAGCUCGGGCUCCGGCAAGACUUCUGUGGCAAUGGAAAUUGUGAAGUCACUCAACCUGCCGUGGGUUGUGAUUCUCGUAAUGGUAACAAUAUAUUUCUGUCGUUUAACACUAGAGUUUAGUACAAUAUCAACGCAUAAUAAUGAAUUCGACUUCGACUGCCCGGAUGCCUACGAUUUCGACGCCCUUGUGCAGACCUUGAAGGAUCUAAAGCAAGGAAAGAAGGCAGAUAUCCCCGUUUACUCAUUUGCCGACCAUCAGCGCCAGCCGCAAACAACUACCCUUUACUCCCCACAUGUGAUCAUUUUGGAGGGUAUCCUUGCCUUGCAUGACCCAAGGGUGCUGGAACUUUUGGAUGUGAAGAUAUUUGUUGAGGCGGAUAUGGAUAUCUGCUUGGGCCGCAGAAGUGAGUGA